GAUUUUCUCUUAACAAGUUCUGAUGAUCUUGGUGGAGUUUUCAACGGUCUGAAUAAUGUAAUCCAGUGCCGAUUUCGACGUCGCCUUACUCCUCUUAGCCAAGCCGCUCAGAUGAAAGACUUGGCAGCUCCGAAUCAAUACUACCUCAUUCUUAGCCUUGGACAAAAUAUCGGAACAGCCGGCUUUGCCUCACCCUUUCCAGGCGGGCAAUCUGUUUCAAGACGGCCAGUUGUAAUAACCUCGUAA